AGAAGUCCCUGGAAGGAGAGUGUGAAGGUGAAGAUAGUUUUGAGGAAGAAGAUCGAUGAAUAAUCCUUCGAAUAACAGCCCUAGUCUUUCUUCAACGCUAUCAUCUCUGAAAAACCUAAUCGCUCUCUCAAAUCACGUUCUCUCUGUAACACCAUCUCCGGCAACCCUAAACACUAACCUAAUACAAUGCCCUUUCAGUCCACACCAUCUGAUUCCUCCACACUCGCUCUUCCACCACCACCUUCGUUGCCCUUCCUCCCCGCGCCCUCUUCCCGAUCUCACUCACUCUCUCACUUACCCCCAUACCCUCCACAACUCUCCCUCUGAUCAACUCUCUUUCUACCUCCAUUCCCUCUCCAACUUCUUCUACCGCGAUUGCCCCGCCGUCGUUUCUUUCUCCCCUGCGGACGCCCUCACCACAACCACCACACUCACGCUUCCCGCCUUUUUAUCUCUCGAAUGCGCUGAUACAGAUACCCAUUCCAACCUAAACCCACUGUCUCACCACGCGCAAAUUCUUCCCUCUCACUACUUCUCCGUCGCGCGUGAACUCGAUGCCUGGAACGAUUUUCCUACCACCUUCUCCAACUCCGUUCUUCGCGCUAUUUUAGGUCUCGGAAUAGCCAAUGAACAUCACUUAACGGAUUGGAUAAUAGCGAAUUCACCUAGAUACGGCGUCGUUGUUGACACUGCUAUGCAGCAGCAUAUGUUUUUGUUAUGCUGUUUGUGUCUCAAGUCGAUUAUCAGAGAAGCUUCCGUUUCCACGGAACGCCAAAAUUCGCACGUAAUUUGCCCCGUUUCGAACCAGGCUUUGACGUGGCUGGCGUAUCAGGUCUCGAUCCUUUACGGUGCAGCGAACGGGAAAGGUUUUGUUCUCAAUUUCCUGAAGCAAUGUAUCACGGUUGGUGCGUCUGUUCUGUUGUUAUCUCCUUUAGAAGACCGAGCUGCUUCGAAGCACGAGUCUCAGAAUUUAGGUAAAGAGAGUGUGGACACUAAGGAUGUCAAACCUGCUGCACCAGGUGGCGAAAAGAAAAUUUCCAUACUGAAUAGGAAGAUAUUUGUGUCCCAAGUUGCAGCGGCUGUUGCGGCAUUGCACGAGCGAUCUUUGUUUGAACAGAAAAUUAAGGGAUUUUGGUUUUCUCAGAAGCCAAGUAACUAUCAACUGGUCGCUGAGCAUUCUUAUUUGUCUGAGAAAGCAAACCAAGAGCGUGAAAAACGCCCUGAUUAUAGACCUAUAAUUGAUCACGAUGGCAUACAUAGGCCUCAAUCAUCUAACCGGGAAUCAUCUAAAGAAAAGACCCGAGAGGAGUUGCUAGCUGAAGAAAGGGAUUACAAACGUCGAAGAAUGUCUUAUCGUGGCAAGAAGGCAAAUCAAUCACCUUUACAGGUGAUGAGGUACAUGAUAGAGGAUUUCAUGGAGCAAAUCAAGCGGGCUGGGGGUUUUGAGAGCCCUGUGAAGAUGGCUGAAGAUAGUGGAUUGUUUCCAUUUAAGCCUCCUGGCGAUGACAUUUUUAUGGAAGCCAAUAAUUCAAGAAGAGCUAGUUCCGACUCACCUGCAGUGAGAACAAGCAACCCACAUUAUUCUCAGCAACAAUCACAGUCUAGCUGUUGUGAUGAAAGCAAUAAAUUGGACGUUUCAUUUUCUAGAGAUUACAAACAAUUCAAACAUGAGCAUCAUCGAAGUCAUUAUUACCGAGAUGAUCAAGGGAAUGCUGAACGAGGAAAAGAUCAUAGAGACCGGCCUUCUUCAAGCCAUGAAAGACACUCAAGACAUAGUCGAUCACCUGAGCAUAGUAGUCGUCAGAACGAAUAUGGUUCCUACUCAAAUAGAAAGAAGCAUGAUCACUCAUCUAGAUCGAGGGAUAGGUGGAAGAAUGACACUCACAGGAGUCAUAUUUCAGAUUCUUUCCCAAAUAAGACAUUUUCAGAUCGAUAUGAUCCUUCAGAAUCUCUUGAUAUAUGUGAUGAUGAUAUAUCCUCUGAUGCCAAAUAUAUCAAGUCCGAUAAAUUUUAUGAUAACGAACAUUAUUAGGAUUGUCUUGGUCAGAACUGUGAAGAUACUACACCUCUUGUGGCCUGUGGGUAAGUUAUGCUACUUAUGUUUCCUCUUUAGAUGUUGUAUGUAUGUAAAUUUGAAUGUGAAUUGCUACUUUUGACGUACUUUUUUUGCAUAAAUUUGCAGUAAUAACUUACCAAGCUUCGGCGAUUUUGUCAAUGUAUCCUCCUUUGUAUCCUUAAUUCUGAAAGUACAUUUAUUUAAGCUAGCUUUACUCGGACUGGUUUAUUGUUGGUGGUGGUGGCUGUUAUCACUGUUGUGUUUUUAUUUUUCCUCGAUGGAAAAAGCAUGAAAAUGGAAAUUAUGUCAUCCACAUUAGAAUUCAUUACAUAAGAUUUUUUUCACUAGUUUUACUUAUCUCAUGGUUGUUUUUUCAGUACAUUGUAUUGUGUGCGGCUAUGUGGCAGUGCUAGGAAAAAUGAACAGUUUGGAUAAUGCUUUACUUAGGAUAUUGAUUCAUUUAACUACUACUAGAGAAACUAUAUAGUUUAUAUUAUCUAACAGGCAUCUGAAAUUUUAUCUUCUCUUUUUGGUGUAUAUUUUUAUCGUUUAUUUUGUGUUUAACAAAGAAGUGAUUGGAAUUGGAUUCUGUCUGAACUUGAGCUAUUUUUUGUUUUAACAACUUCCCUGUGUUCUCUCUCCAUCAUUUGUUCCUAACCUUAGCAUAGAAUAUGGCAAGGUUAGUGAAGGUUUUCAUUAUUGAGGCUUUUAUUUUUGUGAGAAAAUUUGUUGAAUAUUUUUGCAUUAUUGAGAUCGAAAUGCCUUUGUCUCGGCUAAUUUCUCAUGCUUUGAUUCCAGACCAGCUGAAAGCAACAGAAUCUUUCACUCUCUUCCUGAAUUCCCUCUGCCCUUUUUAGAUACUUGCUGAUUUAUUCAAUGGGUUUCAUAGGUUUCUUCAUUACUUAUUAGAAGAACCCAGCUAUGGUCCUGUGUCUGCGGUCAAUGUUUGCAUCUGUCCAGAUAUCUGAAGGUAAUUAUACCAAGAGUGAGGGUGGAUGAGGGAAAGAAAAUAUGUCAAUGGUGUUGUUUGCAUCUUACUGUAAAUGGUAACUAUCUCUGUUCUAUCUGUUUAUUCAAUUUAUUGUUGCAAAGAGGGCUCCUCUGUCCUGAGCGGCCUUAUUUAUGUCAAAAGAUGGAUUUUAUUUUCCAAAUUUCAAAUUUUAAGAACAACGUUGAUAAUUU